AGUAAGCUUAAUUUGUUUUUUUGUUUUCUCCGAGUUAUUACUUGUUGAAUCUCCACGACUCUUCAUUUUGGUCUUCUUUGAAUACAAUCCUUUUCCACCAUAAUUUUCUGCAAUUAGGCAGAGCAGGUUCCGACAUGUCCCAAACAUGACCAUUUCAAAGGCACCAGAGUCAACCAAAUUCAUCACUAUGCAUUAAUUAAUCCUCCAUUCAAUGGUCAUAGGCAUUAAAAGAUUUGCCUAAUUCAUGAAUUUCCACUCCCUCGUCUCCCCUUCACCCUCACCUUAAAUAGUCAUUAAAACAUGUUUCUGCAAUCUGCAUCUAAUCUGGUUCAAGAUUAGAACAACGAUGGGGCUUCCUAAGCUUCUUCUCACUCUUCUUAUUCUUCAACCUCUGUAUACCUUUCCCUCUUCAUCAACCCAGACAGCACCCAACACCUCUGGUGUCUUCAGUGAAUACAUAGGAGCUGAGUUCAAACAUGUCACAUUUUCAGACGUACCCAUUAACCCACAAGUUCAAUUCCACUUCAUUCUCUCCUUCGCCAUUGAUUAUACUGCCUUAUCUUCUCCUCGUCCAACAAAUGGAAAGUUCGGCAUCUUCUGGGAUUCAGACAAUCUCAGCCCCUCCCAUGUUUGUUCCAUCAAGGGUAAUCAUUCGAAUGUCAAAGUAGCUUUGAGCCUUGGAGGGGACACCGUGGGAGAAGAGUACGCUUACUUCGAGCCUUCCUCUGUAGAUUCAUGGGUUUCCAAUGCUGUUUCUUCUCUCACAGAAAUCAUCAAGGAGUAUGAUUUGGAUGGCAUCGAUAUUGACUAUGAGCAUUUUAAAGCUGAUCCUAAAACAUUUGCUCAGUGCAUAGGGCAGCUCAUAGCGACCCUUAAGGAGAAUGGGGUAAUCUCUUUUGCUUCUAUAGCUCCAUUUGAUGAUAACGAAGUUCAGAAACAUUACUUGGCUCUGUGGAAGAGUUAUGGGAACCUCAUAGACUAUGUUAAUUUUCAGUUUUACGCGUAUGAUAAUAGAACAUCUGUGUCUCAGUUCAUUAGCUACUUCAAUACCCAGAGCUCCAACUAUAUUGGGGGUAAGGUUUUAGCCAGCUUUAUCAGUGAUGGGACUGGUGGGUUGUCGCCAAAAAACGGCUUCUUUACUGCCUGCAGUAGACUCAAGCAGAUGAAGCAACUUCAUGGCAUCUUCGUUUGGUGUGCUGAUGACUCAAAGGCAAGAGGUUUCUGCAAUGAGAAGCAAUCGCAGGCAUUGUUGGCAAAUCCUUACUAAUGCUGUAAUUGCUUUGGCCCUUCUGCAGCUUUUAUCUGCUGUUGCAAUUGAAUUGUUUCUAAGAAUGCCAAUUGUUGCAAUGUUAUUCUCUAUCAUGGGCACAUUUUGAAUUACGCCUUGCAAGAAUGUUAGCUCAUAAAAUGUUGUUCUCUGCUUGCUAGACUUGUGUAGUUACCUCCAUGAGUCUUCUUCUUUCUUUCCUUCUUUCCUUCUUUCCUUUUUUCUUUUUUUACCCCCCAAAUCGAGGUCCACUUGAAGAGAACAUUGGGUGAAAAUGAUCAUAUUAAGGAAUGAAUGUAAAUCUCUCAUGGAUACUAAGAUCAUUGAUUCUCAAUUAAAUCCUUAAGUAAUUCAAAUUUGUGUUUCAUUUGAGAGUC